CACCAUCCCGGCACAUCACCCACAUCGCAUCAGUACGGCGCACUGUCGCAUUCGCCGCACCGCAUCUUCACAAUGCUUCCGCGACUCACGGCGUGUCUGCGGAGAAGCCGCAUGUCGGCUGUCUCUGUCCGAUUCCUGACAACCCCCAAGCUGGUCUGGGAGCCCAAGGCCGAGUGGGAGCCCCAAGCACCCGACUGGAGCCGCAAGUGGCCCUCGCCCUCAGAGCAAGAAAGCGACGAGUUUGAAACGUUCCAGCCCGCAGAGCCGCUGCCGUUCCUGAACCGCAGCCCGGACGAGCCCACGGAGACCAAGCGGGCACGGCUCCUCUACCAGGUGCGCAAGCGCGGCAUCCUAGAGAACGAUCUGAUCCUCGCGACCUUUGCCAAGACGCAACUCCCAAAAAUGGACGCCGAGGCCCUGGCGCAAUUCGACCACUUCUUGGAAGAAAACGACUGGGACAUCUUCUACUGGGCCACGGGUGCCCGGCGUGCCCCCGAACGCAUCAAGAAGCUGGUCUUUUGGGCUGAUCUGGUCGAGCACGCCAAAAACAAAGACAAGCGGAUCCUGAGGAUGCCCGAUCUCUGAGGGGGGUCGAUCUCUGAGGGGUCGAUCAAUAAUGCCCGAUCUUUGAUAAUUCCCGAUCUCUGAUAAUCGAUCUUUGAGGCAGAGACAGCGGUUUUGGGCCGAAUACAGCUGCGCGAAUCGACAUGGCA